AUGCCGCGAAAGAGCAACAGACAGACUCGGAAGACCGCUACCUCGCCGCGUCGGUCCUCUACACAAACUACGCCACAUCCUACUAUGGACGAAAACGCGUUGCGAUCCCUGAAAAGAGCGAAAAUCCAGGCGCUAGCUAAGCGACACAAAAUAAAGGCAAACCUGAAGACGGAGGUCAUUAUACGAGAGUUGUUGAGGAAGUGGGCGGAAGACGUGCCGGGAGAGGGGUCAGCCCCUCCCUCAGCUUCUCAAGUCCCCUCGCCUCAACAACAAGCACAGCAGCCGCAAGCCGCCGAAGGUCGCGUCGCUUCUGAAGAAGUGACGCGACCUGAGCGCUCUGCGGAGGCUCAACAAAUGCAAGGCGUAGAGGGAACUUUAGAAGGACCAGAACUGCCUUCGGCGUCGCAGGUCCGUUCGCCGACUCAGCAGGCAGACGCUGUUGCAGACCGCGCCGCUUCUGAAGGGGAGGCGGAACCUGAGAGUGCUACGGAGCUGUCUUCAGCGUCGCGAGCCGGUACGCCGGGUCCAACGCAGCGGCCAGAGGCUGUUGAAGACCGGGCUGUCUCUGAAGAAGAGGAGCGGCCUGAGCGCACUACAGAGCCAUUACGAUUCGAGCGCAUAGCGGCGAUGAUCGCUGCACUCAGACCAGCGCCGCCAUCAGCUUCGCAGUUUGGCUCGGAGCAGCAACCGCAGGCAGUCGAAGACCGCGCUGCCUCCUCUUCGGAGGCGCGGCGUGAGCCCACUCCGGAGUCAGUACGAUGGGAACGCAUGGCGGCAAUAAUGGAUGCGCUUGGACCGAUGCCGCCUUCAGCGUCCCAGUUCGGCGCGCCGAGCUCGGAGCAGCAAUCCGAAGCAGUCGAAGACCGCGCUGCCUCCUCUUCAGGGGCGGGGCCUGCGCGAACUCCAGAGUCAGUACGAUUCGAACGCAUGGCAGCGAUAAUGGCUGCGCUUGGACCGAUGCCACCCUCAGCGUCGCAGUUCGGCGCGCCGAGCCCGGAGCAGCGACCACCAGCAGUCGAACACCGCGGCAGAGCCGGACGCGCAACACGACGUGGGCGUACUGCCGAGCGGGAGAUCGCCCAUGAAGCCGAAGGGGUUUGCGACGAGCUUCCCCCGCCUUCUGCCUCACAGAUGGGCCCCCCACGAGCGCGACGGCAGCGGCAAGCCGCGGAAAACAACGACGAACACGAACAAGUGGCGCGGCCUGGGCGUGCUACAGGGCAUGCCCACGACGCGGAACGAGCUCGAGGACGACGGGUUCCUCCGCCUUCAGCAUCGCAGAUGCGUCCGGCACGACAGCAGCGUCGACGAGUUGUCGAAGACGAUCUCGGACGUGAACAUGUUCCGCGACCUGAACGCGCUCUGGAAGCCCAAACAGCUCUGGAACCAGAGCCAUCGACGAUUCCUGAACACGGCGUGGAAGAAGACAGUGAAGAGGUUGAGCAGCAUAUAGAGGACAGUGACCACGAGGAGAGUGUGUGGGGACUUCGUGAUGCAACGCCAUCUGAGGAGGCGAGUGUGAAAAGAGAAGAAGAUGAGGUAGUAUGGAACGCCGUCAACGUCACCCAAGAGCGGGAAGAGAGACAGUCGCGCCUCAGCAGGAUCUCGUCAUGGGUCACCGGUCUCUUCGGCUUUAACUGGGCGGACGCGACUUCAACUUGGACGGAUUCGGAGGACGAGCGCGAAGACCCCCCUAUCGACGAGGGGGUGCAUGAGGAGCGAGAGCCCCCAGCAGACCGAGCGCCAGAGGGUCCCACGGGCAGAGCGCUAUCACCAAGAGUGCCUCCAGCAGUCGUCGACGACUUCCUAGCGGAAGUCAAACAGGAACUGCUCGACGAUAACUUACCUCCGGCGAUACCCACGCUGCGGCAGGUGAGGCACGUAGGAAGGAAAACAGGGCAGAUGAUGCAGUUGGGUGAUGACAACAGUGCCAAUCUGCUCAAAGCUGCGGAAGUCCUCGAUAUGGCCGAGGAGCUGAUGGACAAGGUUGCGUCAAGACUCACCGUGAUGGACAGUGUAAGGUGGGUACUGGAGGAGGACCUGAUACCGAACUUGAAGAAGAAGGACGGACCUUUGUUCAGGCGAAGAAUCGAGAACCGGGCAGAGUCUUCUGCGCAGGCGGAGGGCGAUGGGAGAGCCGCCGCGGACCACGAUACGGAGAGCCCGCGAGGAAGCGCAGAAGCCCUGUCAAGCAGACAACCCAGCCGCCAGCCAUCUCCAGAACGACUGGAUGCGGAGGCCCGCCGUUCACCAUCCGUUAAAUACAGCCAGACGAACAAUGACGAGGAAGAUCCUUUGUCUGGCACGCCCUCUGACAAUGCCCCUCAAGGUGCUGCGGAAGAAGACGGCGAAGUGAGCGCCUACAUAUUGAGGCCGGCUUCGUUCUCUUUGGAAGAAGAGCCUUCGUCCUCUUUCGACGAAGAGCCAGAGGAGCCGCGAUCCAAGCCAGAUAUCGUGGAGGAAUGUUGGAAACCAGAAGGAAGGUAUCAGGAGAAGGAAUCGUGCGUGUCCGAAGAUGGAGACAAGCAGGAGGAAUCGGGCAAGCCGGAAAAGAGAGACAAGCAAGAGGAAACGAAGAAGGUCGACGAAGAAAAGGAAACGAGGAAGCCAGAUGAGCGAGACACGCGGGGGUUAUGGCCCACGAGGCAUAUCGGUACCAUGGCAAGCAACAAGAGACGCCGAGAUUCGGAGGAUGAAGAUGACGAACGCGAACGCGGACGCGGACGCGGACUCAGACGCGAGACUAAGGGAAGGCCUCCAUCACCUGUAAAGCGUGUUCGGGAAGAUGACGAACGCGAACGCGAGACUAUGGGGAAGCCUCCAUCACCUAUGAAGCGUGUCUGGGGAGAUGGUCGCCGCCCACCCAUAUGGAACAAUGGGAGGAUGACCUUUCCGGCACAGACUUCUCCUACACGUUGA